GACGCUCCAAGACGGCCCAAGAGGCCUCCAACAUCGUUCGUACAUUAUGGCUCAAGUUUGGGCUGCAGUGCCUUCGGGUUAAGAUGCUUUUGUGUUUGUGCGUUGAUCUAGCUGACUUGACGCUUACCAUUGGACAACAUGGACUCAUUCACGAGGCGUGGGUCAUGUCGGAGCAUCCAUAAUGAUGAAUAUUUUGAGACCUACGUGAACCCUCACCCAUUCGACAACACACCAGAUGGCAUGCGUACAUCGUUGCACGGUAUGGGCUCAUCCAUUUUGUAGUCGAGCGGCGGCGAGUCAUGGAUGAACGUUGACGAGUUCGACCACCCGCGCGGGCGUCGGCGGGCAGAAACCGAAGGCGGCCACCCACCCGAGCAAGCGCAGGAUUCAGCCCAGUUGGGCCUCGGCGGCGCCCCCUCGGCGGCCGAUGCGCAGCUGCCAUCUCAGGCUGGAGGCGUUCCGCUGCUCCAUGGCCAGCCGCUGCCGCGCAGGCAGGAAGACCACCACAUUUUGCAGUCGAGCGGCGGCGAGACGUGGAGGGCCGUUGACGAGUUCGACCACCCGCGCGGGGGCGCCCUGUUUCUGACGACUGCAGGCGCUCCGCUGCUCCAUCGCGCCGCGGGGGCGGCGCCAGCCUAUUCGCCAACCAGGCCGCCCAGCAUGCCGCCGCGCUCCGCCGCCGACGCGGGGCUCGCCGCAGGCCCCCCCGGCAAGACAGACCGCGCGGCGCGGGCGAGACAGUCGGCCAACGGAGGGCGGGCGGGGGCCUCCAGUGGCGCCCCCGCGGCCGCCAGGGCGCUGGCAAGCAUGCGGGCCGACCUGGCGGAGAUGGAGCUUCGGCAAGGCGAGCUCGUCGACAGCAUGCCGGCAGCCACCGAGGAUGCGGCGCCCGCCACCCCUGUCGCUCCAGCUAUCACCACGCUCAUGAUCCGCAACAUUCCGAUGUCUGUGACGCAGAAUGACCUGCUGGACCUCAUCGACAGGGCUGGUUUCGAGAACCGCUACGACUACGCCUACAUGCCGACCAGUUUUGACAGUGGGACCACUAGAGGGAUCGCAUUCGUAAAUUUUGCCACCUCAAGCGACGCCCGUGAUUUCUCCAUCUUGUGGAACGGAUCGCGGCUGACCGGAGUUGCUGGUGCUGGAAGCAACGGGGCCGUGAUCGAGGUCACCGUGUCGGCGACGCAGGGCUAUUCGGAGAACGCCAGGAUGUGGAAGGCGCGCCGGCUGCGCCGCAUUAGAAAUCACAAGUUUCACCCCUUCAUCGCCCCGAGGCCAGCUGCCUAGUGAACGCGCGGUUGGCAGUUUCGUUAGGUCGGGCAUGUCUUCCUACAGGCGCA